AUGCGGACGGGCAAAGCGAGCGGCGAAGGGGGGGAGAGCGGCGAAGACGAAGCGAACCAGCGAGGAGCGGGGCCCGCCGAAGGGGCCCGCAGGAGAGCGGGAGGGCAGACAGGCAGGGGGAGCAGGGAAAGCGAAGGAGGAGAGGGCGGAGGGCGAAAGGACCGGAACCGAGGCGCAAACGGGAAAGGGGGAAGAAGGCCGACGGGCGCGAGGGAAGCCGGACACGCGAAGGCGAGCGCGGGGGGCCAGGGGGGGAAGCAGAACGGGCGAGGCGGGAGGAACCGAACGCCGAGGGAAGGGGCCGAAGGCGACGCGCAGCAGAGCCACGAAAGGGGAGGGAGAGGGACAGCAGGACGGGGGCCAGGGAAGGCGGAAGCCGCGAGGAGGGGGAACAACGCACCGGCCGAAGCAACGAGCCCGGAAAAGGGAGGCGCGCAAGCGGCGCACCGAGACGCGGCCGGCGGAGCAAGCGCGACGGGCCGACAGGAGGGAGGGCGCGGCGGGCGGGACGCAGCCGGGGGCGCGAGCCAGGGGGAAACGGCCGCCGGGGCAGAGCGGGGGGAGGAGCAAGAGGCAAAGGAGAACGGGGAAGACGGAAGGGGAGAAAGGGGCCAGGGAACAGCAGGGGGACAGGGGGAG